ACUUCAAAUUGAGGAAUAUCCGGCGAGGAACGCCUUUCGCUGGUUUGAAUCGACGAGUCACGGGUCCGCAACUCAAUACUCUCAAUUGAAGCGCUCCGCUUUGUUUUCCACUUUCCCCCUAAGAACAAACAUUGGAGAAGAAAGAGCUGUUUUCCUCGAGUGACCCUCUUCUUCUUCUUGAAGCCAACGAAUCCAUGCUCUGUUGUUAGUAGUACGACGGUGAUGCAUUGAAGGUUGAAGCAAGCUAAGUGCCUUUGAGAGUGAGAAAAUGUUUGCUCGUGUCACCACUACUAUUAACUCUACUCAAUUUCUCACUCCUUGCGCCCGUGCCCCUAGCCCUAGCCCCAACCUCAAGGAAUUAGGGUUUUUUUUUUUGGUUGGUUGCUGCAAGUUUUAGGGCUGUAUCGUUCCUCUCUUCUUCUGAUUUAGGUUGGGUUGCGUUGGGUUGCUUGAGUCCUGCAGGGUUUUAUUUCACAAGCCUGAACAGUUGUGCUUUCCAAUUCAGCAAGGAAGAGUUGCAUGUAAAGUGACUGUUCUUUCUCUCCGUGCUUCUCCCACUUCUACUCCUAGUUGAGAGAGCAGAGUACAGAGGGAUACAUAAUUCACGAGUAUCUGGUUUGGUUGCUGCAUCAGUCCCAUGCUUCGAAGGAAUGGGGUGGGCACCUGCAAUCACAUUAUCAGCCACCUUACUCUGCUUCAAGGUUUUAGUUUUCCUAAGCUGAGCUCAACUCGUUUUUAAGAGAACAGGAAGUAGUAUUUCCUACAUGCAUUGCACCUCCCUUUUUGUGGGCUAGUACAUGCAUUGCUUCUCCCUUUUUGUGGGCUAGGUACAUGUAUUGCUCCUCCCUUUUUGUGGGUUAGGUCAGGUUAGCAUUCUCUCACCACCCUUUUUUACCCAAAGGAGGCAUUACUUGAUUGACUGGGAUUUAGAGAUGGGAGAGGUGGAAUGAGAAGACGACCAGCAAGUUACCAUCUGUUGCAUUGGGAGAUAUGACAUGAGUAGUAGUAGUAGUAGGUUGUCAUUCAGGCCUCGUCCUCUCGACAUCCACAAGAAGCUUCCCAUCAUUAAAUCUCUCAAGGACUUUGAAGAUGAUGACACCAGUACCACGCGCAAUUUUUCUCAAAUAACCACCCGCCACUCAUUGGAGGUGGCAGCUAUUACUGACGGAGAGGCACAACAAACCCAUAGUAAAAAGGUUGCUUCUGAAAUACCAAUUCCACAAUUUGUUGUUGUGGAUACAUAUGAAAGAGAUUAUUUAUCAACAUUCACACAGCCUGCAUCGUAUUUGCGUGGACGAGGAGCCAGGUCAGAGCUUGGUGAUUUUGUUGAGUAUGAUCUGGACAAUGAGGAUGAGGAUUGGCUUGAGGAGUUCAACAAUGAACGGAAAAUUCUUUCACCCGAAAGGUUUGAAAAUCUUCUGUUCAAGUUGGAGGUUUUGGAUCACAAGACUAGGGAAAGGGCAGGAAUUAUAACUCCCAAUCUUGGUUCUCCUGUCCCUGUUCUUGUUCAGUUGGAUGUUGCGGCUGAGGCUUUGCAAUCUCAGAAUAUUAGACAUGUAAUUUUCCAGUCUGUCUAUAACUAUUGGAAAGCCAAGCGAGAGCGGUGGCAAAGGCCUAUACUUCGUCAUCUUCAGCCUCCUCCACCUGUUAAUGAUACCAACCCAUAUAAUGUUUUCAGGCCGAGGGAGAAAGCCCACCGCCUCCACACAAGGAGAAUGCAAAGGCGGGAGAAUAAUGUUCAGUCCUUUGAGAAGCUCCGCCAGAUCAGGCGGAACUUGGAUCAAGCCAAAACAGUAUUGGAAGCUUUGAUUAAGAGAGAGGAGAAAAAGCGGGAGGUUAUGAAGUGUGAAGUCAACUUUCAACGGACUCAGAUGAAAUAUAAGCAUGAAACACGGCUCUUCGAGAAUGGACUAGCUUUAUCUGGCUUCCCAUCUUUCUCUCAAAGAAGUGCAUCAAAUGAUGACUAUUUCAUUGAUUCCAAGGAUUUGACAAAUGGUUACACCCACAACCGUUUUGGUUUAGGAACUAAACCACCCAUCACGGACUCAAUGCUGAUGAAGCGAGAGCCGAGAAGGCGUCCUCCACCCCAAGGAUUUUUCAAAAAGGAGGAUCCACUUGAACCAUUGCUUCUUUUUACCAAACCAGUAGAUCCAGAGAGACUAGCUGCUGCUGGAAUUAGAAAGCCUCCAGAUCCUCCCAUUAACAAGGCUUUGGCGGCACGACCAUAUCGCCUCCGAGCAAGGAUAGGGAGAGGAGGUCGGAUUAUAUUUGAUCGGUUGAACCCUAGUGCUUGCACUACUUUCUCUGAUGAAAACUCAGUUUUACCUGCACCAAGUGAUCAACCUCUGCCACUUGGUUAAGCAAAUAUCUGCUGUUGAGAGGAGUCAGAUUGUCUUUGAUCGGUUGAAACAUACUAGUUCCACCACCUUCUCAGAUGAAAACUCUGUUUUGCCUGCACCAAGUCAUCAAACCUCUUUCACACGGUUAAGCAAAAUUGUGUUGGUGUUGGCUAUCAUUCAUCAAUUGGGGAGUGGCAUGGUACAGUGCCCUGCCUAAGUGUAACCCAAGGUGGGCCUUAUCAUUGGAGGAAACAAAGAAGAUGGGGCCAGAGAGAGAGAAGCUCCCUGAUGAUUAGUUGAGGCCCUUUGCAUGUAUUGCCGGUCUCAGUGCUUCCAUUACCUCCACAGAAGAUUUGGCCGAUGGCCGAUGGAAGAGUUUGGAGGUUUUGGGGUGCUGCCUGUGAAAUGGUCACAUCAAAAGAGCCAUGGAUGACCAAGCAAGCAGGUGGGUGUAAUGGGCAAUGCUUGGCAUGUCUUCUUUUAACGGGGCAGUUGAUGCAUUGUCUCGUCUGUAUAUCUUAACUGCCCCCCUAAAUGUUGUACCAUUAUUCCAUCUUUGAUAAAAAAAAACUACAUCAUUCUUUUACCCUUCUUGUUUUUUCCUUUUUGAUGUAACUUUCGUAAUGCAGCUCUUAACUCUUCCCAGCCAUUUGCUUUUUGAUUCAAUGCAUGUAUUCCAGCACAUUUAGCAAA